AGUCUCCAGUGAGAAGGAGAGAAAGAGUCAGAAAGAGCAAAAGAGAGAUAUGGAGUUGCAGCAACAAAUUGUAAGGGACCCUCCGUCGGGAAGGGGAAGCAAACGUAUAACCCAUGUGGAUGGGACGACCCCACCUUCAUUGCCUACUAAUGAUAACAAUAAGCAUUUCCAUGAACAAGAUGAUCCUGCUUACAAGCAACCUGGCUGGAGAAAGUUUCUGGCUUUUGUUGGUCCUGGUUUCCUUGUUUCCUUGGCUUAUUUGGACCCUGGCAAUUUGGAAACUGAUCUCCAAGCUGGAGCUAAUCAUAGAUAUGAGCUAUUAUGGAUCAUCCUUAUUGGGUUGAUUUUUGCUCUAAUAAUCCAAUCCCUCGCUGCGAAUCUCGGUGUAUCAACUGGUAAACAUUUGGCUGAGCUAUGUAAGCUAGAAUAUCCAAAAUUCGUGAAAUAUUGCCUUUGGUUGCUAGCAGAGGUUGCAGUUAUUGCCGCUGAUAUUCCAGAAGUAAUUGGAACAGCCUUUGCACUCAACAUAUUACUACAUAUUCCAGUAUGGACUGGAGUUCUCAUAACUGGUUUGAGCACUCUCCUCCUACUGGGUCUACAAAGAUAUGGGGUAAUUUUUCUUUAUUUUUUACAUUUUUAUUAAUUAAAAGAAGUCCAUGUGAUUAUUAUUAGCUAAAGAAAAUUCUAUUGCCAU